CGGGCACAUGGAGCGCAGGAGCAAGAGCAGGAGCCGCGCGGACUCCACUGCUGCAGCAGCAGCAGCACCAGCAGCAGCCCUCCUCUGCCUGGAUUAAAGGCGGCGCGGAGGGGAAGGAAGCAAGCGAGCAAGAAGGAGGCAAGGCAAGGCAAGGCAAAGGAAGGUCACCUCGCCAGGGAGAAGAAUUAAAAAUGAAGUUGGGCAAGGUGGAGUUCUGCCAUUUUUUACAGAUACUAGCUCUUUUCCUCUGUCUGACUGGAAUGAGUCAAACUGAACUCUCAAGAUCAAGAUCAAAACCAUAUUUCCAAUCUGGGCGACCACGAACCAAGCGGAGUUGGGUGUGGAAUCAGUUCUUUGUACUGGAGGAGUACAUGGGAACCGAUCCUCUCUAUGUAGGAAAGCUUCAUUCUGAUGUUGAUAAAGGAGAUGGCUCCAUCAAAUACAUCUUGUCAGGAGAAGGGGCAAGUUCUAUUUUCAUUAUUGAUGAGAACACAGGGGAUAUUCAUGCUACAAAGAGGCUUGAUCGGGAAGAGCAGGCCUACUACACGCUCCGAGCACAAGCACUGGAUAGACUGACAAAUAAACCGGUGGAGCCUGAGUCAGAAUUCGUCAUUAAGAUUCAGGACAUCAAUGACAAUGAGCCUAAAUUUCUAGAUGGUCCUUACACAGCUGGAGUACCAGAAAUGUCUCCUGUGGGAACCUCAGUGGUGCAAGUGACAGCAACUGAUGCAGAUGACCCUACUUAUGGCAACAGUGCCAGAGUGGUUUACAGCAUUCUUCAAGGGCAGCCUUACUUUUCUGUGGAACCAAAAACAGGUAUCAUCAAAACAGCGCUUCCCAACAUGGACCGAGAAGCAAAAGACCAGUAUCUUCUUGUCAUUCAAGCAAAAGAUAUGGUUGGUCAAAAUGGGGGUCUUUCUGGGACCACUUCUGUCACUGUCACCCUUACAGAUGUCAAUGAUAAUCCUCCACGCUUUCCCCGCAGAUCGUAUCAAUAUAAUGUUCCCGAAUCACUGCCUGUGGCAUCGGUGGUGGCAAGAUUGAAGGCUGCAGAUGCUGAUGUGGGACCUAAUGCUGAAAUGGAAUAUAAAAUUGUGGAUGGUGAUGGCUUAGGAGUGUUCAAAAUUUUAGUGGACAAAGAAACACAAGAAGGAAUCAUUACAAUACAGAAGGAGUUGGAUUAUGAAGCCAAGGCAAGCUAUACCCUGAGAAUAGAAGCAGCAAAUAAGCAAGUUGAUCCUCGCUUUCUAAGCCUUGGUCCUUUCAGUGAUAUGACAACAGUGAAGAUUAUUGUGGAGGAUGUUGAUGAACCCCCUGUAUUUACCUCACGACUAUACACCAUGGUAGUGUCUGAAGCAGCCAAAGUGGGCACCAUCAUUGGAACUGUAGCAGCUCAUGACCCAGAUGCAUCUAACAGUCCUGUCAGGUAA